UGGUUGGCAGAUCUUUUGGAUGUAACAUUAUUGGAACAUUUAGACUCUCCUCGGGAAAAGCCACCAUGAAUUCGGUAGCUGGGAAUAAAGAGAGGCUUGCGGUCUCCAACCGGGGCAAGAAAUACGGGGUGAAUGAGGUCUGCUCGCCCACCAAGCCGGCGGCUCCCUUCUCCCCUGAGAGCUGGUACAGGAAAGCGUACGAGGAAUCGCGCGCUGGGAGCCGGCCUACCCCCGAGGGCGCAGGCUCGGCGCUGGGCUCGUCGGGGACCCCGUCCCCCGGCUCGGGCACCUCGUCCCCGAGCUCCUUCACCGGAUCCCCGGGUCCCGCCUCUCCGGGCAUCGGCACCAGCUCGCCGGGCUCCCUGGGCGGCUCGCCGGGCUUCGGCACCGGCUCCCCGGGCUCUGGCAGCGGCGGCGGCUCCUCCCCCGGCUCGGACCGCGGCGUCUGGUGCGAGAACUGCAACGCCCGCCUGGUGGAGCUGAAGAGGCAGGCUCUCAAGCUGCUCCUCCCGGGGCCCUUCCCGGGCAAGGAUCCUGCUUUCUCAGCUGUGAUUCAUGACAAGCUCCAGGUCCCCAAUACCAUCCGGAAGGCUUGGAAUGACCGAGACAACCGCUGUGACAUUUGUGCCACACACCUGAACCAGCUGAAGCAGGAGGCCAUCCAGAUGGUGCUGACUUUGGAGCAGGCAGCUGGCAGUGAGCACUAUGAUGCCUCACCUGGAUCACCACCACCGCUCUCCAAUGCCUCCACUCUGGUGGGGUCACGGCAUGGGGGUGGGCUCCAGCAGCCCAGGGAUUGGGCCUUUGUGCCUGCCCCAUAUGCCACCUCCAACUAUACAGGCCUUGUCAACAAGCACAGCAGCAAGCCCAAUAGCCUUGGGGUCAGCAAUGGGGCAGAAAAGAAGAGUGGAUCCCCCACCCAUCAGGCCAAGGUCAGCCUCCAGAUGGCCACAAGUCCCAGCAAUGGGAACAUCCUUAACUCGGUGGCCAUUCAGGCUCAUCAAUACCUGGAUGGCACCUGGUCCCUUUCAAGAACCAAUGGAGUCACCCUGUACCCUUACCAGAUCUCCCAGCUGAUGACAGAGACAAGCCGGGAGGGCCUGACAGAAGCAGCUCUGAACCGCUACAAUGCAGACAAGCCAGCGGCCUGCAGCGUCCCCGCCUCACAGGGCUCCUGUGUGGCCAGUGAGACUUCCACAGGCACCUCGGUGGCUGCUUCCUUCUUUGCAAGAGCUGCUCAGAAGUUAAAUCUGUCUUCCAAAAAGAAGAAACAUCGACCUUCUACUUCUUCUGUUGCUGAGACACCUCUCUUUGCCACCAGCUUCAGUGGGAUUCUGCAGACCUCCCCUCCCCCAGCCCCACCCUGUCUGCUGAGGGCUGUCAACAAGGUGAAGGACACUCCGGGCCUGGGCAAGGUGAAAGUCAUGCUUCGUAUUUGUUCUACGUUGGCUCGUGAUACCUCAGAAUCCAGCUCUUUCUUAAAGGUGGACCCUCGGAAGAAGCAGAUCACUUUGUAUGAUCCCUUGACUUGUGGAGGUCAAAAUGCCUUCCAAAAGAGAAGCAACCAGGUCCCUCCUAAGAUGUUUGCCUUUGAUGCAGUUUUUCCACAAGAUGCUUCACAAGCUGAAGUGUGUGCUGGAACCGUGGCAGAGGUGAUCCAGUCUGUGGUCAACGGGGCGGAUGGCUGCGUGUUCUGUUUUGGCCACGCCAAGUUGGGAAAAUCCUAUACCAUGAUUGGGAAGGAUGAUUCCAUGCAGAACCUUGGCAUCAUUCCCUGUGCCAUCUCUUGGCUCUUUAAGCUCAUCAAUGAACGGAAAGAAAAGACGGGAGCCCGUUUCUCUGUUCGGAUCUCAGCCGUAGAGGUGUGGGGGAAAGAAGAGAACCUGCGGGACCUUCUAUCUGAGGUGGCCACUGGCAGCCUGCAGGAUGGCCAGUCCCCGGGCGUGUACCUCUGCGAAGACCCCAUCUGUGGCACACAGCUGCAGAACCAGAGUGAGCUGCGGGCCCCCACUGCAGAGAAGGCGGCUUUCUUCCUGGACGCUGCCAUUGCUUCCCGUCGGAGCAAUCAGCAGGACUGCGAUGAAGAUGACCACCGCAACUCCCACAUGCUCUUCACCCUGCACAUCUACCAGUACCGGAUGGAGAAGAGCGGGAAAGGUGGAAUGUCUGGAGGUCGUAGUCGCCUGCAUCUCAUUGAUCUUGGCAGCUGUGUGAAAGCUCUUAGCAAAAAUCGAGAAGGAGGUUCAGGGCUGUGCCUCUCAUUGUCUGCACUGGGCAAUGUCAUCCUCGCUCUCGUCAAUGGCAGCAAACACAUCCCAUACAAAGAGAGCAAGCUCACCAUGCUGCUUCGGGAGUCUCUGGGGAACAUGAACUGUCGCACCACCAUGAUCGCUCACAUCUCUGCUGCAGCUGGGAACUAUGCAGAAACCCUGUCUACCAUCCAGAUUGCAUCAAGGGUCUUGAGGAUGAAGAAGAAAAAGACGAAGUACACGUCGAGCUCCUCUGGUGGAGAAAGCUCCUGUGAGGAAGGCAGAAUGCGCAGGCCCACCCAGCUGAGACCCUUCCAUACCAGAGCCACGGUGGACCCCGACUUCCCCAUUGCGCACCUGUCCAGUGAUCCUGACUACUCCUCCAGCAGCGAGCAGUCUUGUGACACUGUCAUUUACAUCGGGCCUAAUGGCACAGCCCUCUCCGACAAGGAGCUCACCGACAAUGAGGGCCCCCCAGACUUUGUUCCCAUUGUGCCUGCCCUGCAGAAGACCAGAGGUGACAGCCGGCCCACAGAGGCAGGAGAGGCUGCAGCCAGCAAAUCAGAAAGGGACUGCUUGAAGUGUAACACAUUUGCUGAGCUGCAAGAGAGACUAGACUGCAUUGAUGGCAGCGAGGAGCCCAGUAAGUUUCCUUUCGAAGAGCUGCCUGUACAGUUUGGGGCAGAGCAAGCGAGUAAAUGCCCCUCGUUAAGCCAAGUGGCUGGGGCAAACUCACUUUCUGAGUCCGAUAAGGAAGACAACGGGUCAGAUGGCCAGCUGACUGAUCGGGAAGGCACAGACAACCUGGCCUGUAAGAUGCAAAGGAAUCACUCCCCUGUGCCUGCCACAGCACGCAGCAGCAGCCCCACCCCAGCCUCACCCCGAAGCAUCCCAGGCAGCAGCAGCCAGAUGGUGCAGAGCCCCAGCCUCCAGAGCAGCCGGGAGAGCCUGAACUCCUGUGGCUUCGUGGAGGGCAAGCCCAGGCCCAUGGGCUCCCCCCGGCUGGGCAUUGCCAGCCUGUCCAAGACCUCUGAGUACAAACCCCCCAGCUCUCCUUCCCAGAGAUGCAAAGUCUACACCCAGAAGGGGGUCCUUCCAACUUCUGCCCCACUGCCACCCUUGAGCAAGGAUUCUGGCAUGGUCUCUAGCGAGUCCCUGCUGCAGCCUGAGGUACGUACCCCUCCAGUUGGAAUGAGCCCCCAGGUUUUGAAGAAAUCUAUGUCUGCUGGAAGUGAGGGGUUCCCAGAAACCCCUGUUGAGGAUGAGCAUCAGGCAGCAUCUCCCCCAGACUCCAAGAAGGAGAUCCUGAGCACCACAAUGGUGACCGUGCAGCAGCCAUUGGAGCUGAACGGGGAGGACGAGCUGGUGUUCACGCUGGUGGAGGAGCUGACCAUCAGUGGGGUCCUGGACAGUGGCCGCCCCACCAGCAUCAUCAGCUUCAAUAGCGACUGCUCUGUGCAGGCCUUAGCCUCAGGCUCCCGGCCUGUCAGCAUCAUCAGCAGCAUCAGCGAGGAUCUGGAGGGCUACUCCAGCAUGGCUCCUGUCUCUGAGGUGAGCAUCACACAGUUCUUGCCCCUUCCAAAGCUGAACCUGGAUGGGAAGCCCCGGGAAACAGGCAGCAGGCGUUCCUCCAUCAGCUCCUGGCUUAGCGAGAUGAGUGCAGGAAGUGACGGAGAGCAAUCAUGUCACAGUUUCAUAGCCCAGACAUGUUUUGGGCAUGGGGAGGCCAUGGCAGAACCUCCAGCCUCGGAGUUUGUUAGCAGCAUCCAGAACACUGCUGUGGUGUGCAGAGAGAAGCCCAAGGCAGGCUCUGAUAACCUGCUCAUCUUGUCUGAGGUCGGGGAAGACUCUUUCAACAAAGCCACCCCCAUCAAAAGCUGCAAAAUAUCCACACUGGGCAAGGCCAUGGUCACCAUCUCCAAUACAACCAACCUGAGCAAUUGCGAAGGGUACAUCCCCAUGAAGACCAACAUCACAGUUUACCCCUGCAUUGCCAUGAGCCCUCGGAACGUACAAGAGCCUGAGGCUUCUACUGCCAUCUCCAAAACAGCUGCCAGAGCAGCCUCGUCCCAGGAGAGUAAAGAAACCAGUGCAAAGAAAGAGAUGAAAUUUGAGGACCCCUGGCUAAAACGAGAAGAGGAAGUGAAAAAAGAGAAUGCUUUUCCCAGUGAAGAAGGGAUUAGGUAUGAGACUGCCACAGGCCCUACUAAGCCUGAGACCAGACCAGAGCAAGAACAGGACAGGAAGCCCAGCCCGGGCGACAGGCUCAGCAGCAGCAGUGGAGAGGUAUCUGCCUCCCCAGUGACUGACAACUUCAAGAGGGUUGUGGAUGGCUGUGAAAUGGCUCUGCCUGGUUUGGUGGCCCAGAGCCCAAUGCAUUCCAGCAAAAGCCUGAAAUCUAGCAGCCUUCCUAGAGCAUUUCAGAAAGCCAGCAGACACGAGGAGCUGGACAGCCUCUUCUACCACUGCAGUGCCGACACCAAUGGCCUGGGGACAGCAUCAGGUACCCAGGCCUCUAAGGCAACCCUGGAGCGCAAGGUGGCUUCACCCAAGCAUUGUGUCCUUGCCCGGCCUAAAGGGACUCCCCCUCUGCCCCCUGUCCGCAAGUCCAGCUUGGACCAGAAGAACCGGGCCAGCCCCCAGCACAGUGCCAGCAGCAGCAGCACCAGCAGCCCCUUGAACCAGCCAGCUACCUUCUUGGCCAGCUUCCCUGAUGAGCCCAGCAGCAAGGUGAAGGACGCCAGUAGCAGCAGCAAGCUCUUCAGCGCCAAGCUGGAGCAGCUGGCCAGCAGGACCAACUCUCUUGGCAGAACAACAGUCAGCCACUACGAAUGCUUGUCGCUGGAGAGGGCCGAGAGCCUGUCCUCCAUGAGCUCGCGACUGCACGCUGGCAAAGACAGCACCAUGCCCCGAGCUGGCAGGAGCCUGGGCCGCAGCAGCGCAGGGGCCUCACCACCCGGCUGCAGCGCCACCCCGUCAGCAGGGGCGUCGCCCAAGGCCAGCCAGUCCAAGAUUUCAGCCGUGAGCAAGCUCCUCCUGGCCAGCCCCAAAGCCCGCAGCCUGUCCACCCCCACCACCAAAACCCUCAGCUUCUCCACCAAGUCGCUGCCUCAGUCAGUGGGCCAGAGCUCCAACGUGCCCCCCAGCGGGAAGCACAUGUCCUGGUCCACCCAGUCGCUCAGCAGGAACCGAAGCUCUGGAUUGGCUUCCAAACUGCCGCUGAGAGCAGUCAAUGGGCGCAUCUCCGAGCUGCUGCAGGGGAACGGGGGUGCCCGGGGUUUGCAGGUGCGGGCUGGACCCGAGGCGGAGGAGCGCAGUGGGGCCCCCGCGGAGGACAAGCCUGCAGCAGCGCACCUGCUGCCCUCGCCCUACAGCAAGAUCACCCCACCGCGGAAGCCACACCGGUGCAGCAGCGGGCAUGGCAGCGACAACAGCAGCGUGCUGAGCGGGGAGCUCCCGCCGGCCAUGGGGAAGACUGCCCUCUUCUACCACAGUGGUGGCAGCAGCGGCUAUGAGAGCAUGAUGAGGGACAGCGAGGCCACCGGCAGCGCGUCCUCGGCCCAGGACUCCAUGAGCGAGAACAGCAGCUCUGUGGGCGGCAGGUGUCGGAGCCUGAAAACCCCAAAGAAACGGUCCAAUUCAGGUUCUCAGAGACGGAGGCUUAUCCCAGCAUUGUCCCUCGAUACCUCCUCCCCUGUGAGAAAACCCACCACCAGCACAGGGGUCCGCUGGGUGGAUGGCCCCUUGCGGAGCACCCAGAGGGGCCUCGGGGAACCCUUUGAGAUCAAGGUCUAUGAAAUCGACGAUGUGGAGCGCCUGCAGCGGCGACGUGGUGGCGCCAGCAAAGAGGUCAUGUGCUUUAACGCAAAACUGAAAAUUCUGGAGCAUCGCCAGCAGAGGAUCGCAGAGGUCAGAGCCAAGUACGAGUGGCUGAUGAAGGAGCUGGAGAUGACCAAACAGUACCUGAUGCUGGACCCCAACAAGUGGCUCCGUGAAUUCGACUUGGAGCAGGUGCUGGAGCUGGAUUCCCUGGAGUACCUGGAGGCCCUGGAGUGCGUCACCGAGCGCCUGGAGAGCCGCGUCAACUUCUGCAAGGCCCAUCUCAUGAUGAUCACCUGCUUUGACAUCACCUCCAGGCGCCGAUAAGGAGCGGCAGAUCCCCGGUCCACCAGUCCCCUUACUCCCCAGGGGGACGUCACCCUCCCCCAGGCCCUCUGUGCUGGCGGCACCCCAAAGACUAUAGAAUGAGGAUGAAGGUUGGUGGCAAGUCUGGAGGCAGCGUUGAGCGGAAGGCGAGUUUUCUUUUGUUUUCUGAAGUAGGGAAGGUGCAAACCCGAACACGUGGAAGGAGAGAAUGAUGGGAAGCCCAAGGGACGUCAGAGCCCCGUGAGACUGAAAUAAAAGCACUUUGAGGAACUUAACUUGUUUGUACAUAAGAACUGCUGGCAAAGAGACCUCUCUCUUGUCGUGCUUUCGUGAGGGGGAGGGUGGACGGAGGAUUGCUGUGGAAAGCGAAAACAAAACACCCACGACAAGAUGACCCAGGAUGACGGAUUAAGUGCCUUGCAAAUCUUUAUGAUUACCCAAACAUUUGUGUUCAACUCUUCUCGUGUACAGAUGGUGCUAGUCAAGACGCAAACAACAAAACCCACAGAAGAGAAAAUCCCACGCGUUUUUGAAAUGUACUCAUGGCUCGUUUUUCUCUUGGUGUUUUAUCCUAUUUCUGACUUGCUGUUUGUAAGUAAGUUGUGUUUGUAGACCUAUUUCCUAACCAGUAUUGCAUACGAAUAAAUGUUAACUGUCUUAUAUGAUGAUUCUGGUAAGGCCACUCGAACAGAACAGAGAGACUUUCAUCCACACAAGCAAAUGUGUGUUUCCAAAAAAAAAAAAAAAGUUUUGGAAAGGCAGGUGGUGCUCAGUGCCUCCUCCCACGAGCAGCAGGUCGGCCAGCAGACCCAGAGGGCGGCUGAUCGUGGAGCAGCGUGAGUGAACUUGAGCCAUCAGGAGAGGAGACAGGGCUUGCAUCUCUAAGGGAGAAGAAGUUGUCCUUUGUGACCUGGGCCAGACUUCUCCAUGUAGGUAGGCGUUUGUUCCAUAUCCAGCCACGCAUCCUUAUCCUUUCCCCACCCAUCCAGGGUUUUUAUGAUCCUCAAAACAAGUUCAUGCUCAUUUCUAUUCCAAAGACUCUGGAUCGAAAGCUUGAAUCAAUUCAGCAGAGCCAUAUUUGUUUGUUUUUGAGUUUUGUAGAUUUAUUGAAGUGGCAGUUUGGGGGCCGGGGAGAGGGGUGGUGACUUUGAGUUGAGAGGCUUCUUCUGCUGGUACGUGCUCCAAUCACAUUGGUGUAGAACGAGAAGGAGUCUAGGGAGUACACAGCUUUUCUGUUAUCCAGAGUCCUGCCCAAGAGCAAGAAGUUCAGUUCUUCCCUGUCCCGAAGCCUACAUACAUACCACCUAGGGACUAGGCUUGUUUCCUAAAGCUUGGCACCCAAAGGCAGAGAGACGUUCCUCCUCCCUAAAUCCCAUAACUAUGGACAGGCAGAGUAGAGUUGAAUGAAUAUGAAUAUCCAGGUCUUGGCUCCCAAAACCUCAUUCUCAAAUUGCAAAAGUUCCCUUCAGGAUUAGUAUACCUGUGUUAGGGACAAAAACUUGAGGCACAGAACUGCCAAGGGCAUUGAGGUACUGAGAACUGUUCAUCUUUGCCCUCAAAUGCAGCUGAGCUUCAGAGCCUCUUUCCAGGCUAGUUGUCCCCACUAACCAAUUUCUCAGCCCAAGCUCCCCGCCAUGGAAAAUUAGCCUUUGCAUUUGUUGGUAGCCCAGCCCAGCUGUCUCACCAGCCAGCGGGGCUCAGCUAGGUUCUAAACAGGAACUGAAGUCUUAUGAGCAUCAGAGCACCUGACUUGUAACUCAUCAGAACAGGGCACAGAAGACCCAUUAGCUCUCUUGCUUUGGAAGUCAGCCCCAUGGACUGACUCCAUGGGUCACGAGUCCAGCUUUGUACACUCUGUAAAGAGUCUGCUUCUAUGCAAAUGUACCCACACAAGAUCUGCCUGAAUAUGCUAGUUGAAUGGACUAAAAUUUGGUAAAAGAGGUCAUUUUCCUCUUUGUGCAUCCUACAAGUUAAACAAGUAUGUUACCUUAGAAGUAGAGCCUCCCCUAACUCCUCAACCCAAACCCAUUUUGCAGAGUUCUGGGACUCUGAGCCCAUCUCUGGCCUCGCAGUACUUGCAUACAUUGGAUUGCUUAACAACAACAUUCCUUGGAAGCAUAUGGACCCCAGGGGAUGCCAGUGCUUUGAGUUGGUUUGUUUGUCCUUUGGUAUCCCUUUGGGUUGCUAGUUUGAAAUACACCACUUCAUGAAAAGCCUGUCUUUGAGGAAUUUUCAAAGGUGAGUAUGCCUUGUUUUUCGUUUGUGAACAAAUACAUCUGAUAAGUCAUCAGUGAGCUUGGCUUUUGCCACUGCCACAUUCUCCCUUAGCCCUGAGGUCCUCAUGCUGCGGUGACUUCCUUUAGAAGGUCACUGACAGAGCCUGGUGCCUUCACUGGAGUGAGACCAAGCAGAACAGUGAAUUCUCUCCUAGGGAGUGGCCUUCAGCUUGCUUCCUGCCUAAAUGUGUUUAUAUACAUUUUUAACAACUUCAUGAUAUAACAAAAGGUUGAUAUUACCCACAGUGAUCUUACCAAGUCAGAUUGACUUCCCAAGAGAUCCCAUCAUGGAACAUCCCCAGGAUCUCGCAGGCCAUGGUAUAGGAGAACAACUGCCUGGGAAUUGUUGUCCAUUCUCUUUCUUUUUUUUUCUUUUCUUUAUUUCUUGUCUUAUUUUACUUACUUAACUGCAAACAUUUUAUUUUGCCAAGAGUUGAUAAACCAUGUGAAGAAGUCAUGCAUUUGACAUUAUGAUGAGCUUAUUCCUGGCUCUAUGAAUUGACGAUACAGAUGAUGAUCUUUGAGCAUAAGAAAGAAGGUGCUAUAUCCAAAGCAGCCCCAGUAACCAAAGGAUGUCAUUUAGGGUCCAGAUGGGAGAUGGUUCCAGGUCUCCUUUUGGUUUUAGUGACACAGAGCCCAAGAAGGCCAAGGGAACACCCGAGAACUGAUUUCUAUUUCAUUAUACACAAAUGAAAUGUCUCUUUGAAAGUCACACUUAGAGGCAUAUACCUUACUCAAUUCCUUGUCUGAAACUUAUCCCACCAACUCCUGCUCCAAAUAGUUUAGUGUGAAGUAGAAACAUUGCCAGCAAAACAAAACUGAGAUUCAAGAAAGGGAAAUAGAGAUCAUUUCCCCUGGAGUAGAUCCACAUUGCAUUUCAGGAUGGUGUUUUAUGCUGCAAGGGAGCCAUAGUUUGCUUUAUCCUGGGCUUUCAAAUCCCGACCUGAGAGCUGGAACCUUUGAUCUUCUUGUCCUUGAAUUCCUCUUGACAUCAUGAGAAACUGUCUCUCACUUUCAUCUCUUCCAGAUCUGAAUCAGCACACUUCCCUGUUGUUUUAUCUGCAGUUACUAUUCUGAACAUGGGGAACUUCAGAUGCAAAUGCAGAGAAGAGUCUGUGAACUCAAACAAGGAUCCCAAGCAGGGAAGGGACUCCGACUGAGAUUUUUAAAAAUGUAUCUCACACACACACACACACACACACACACACACACACACACACAGCCAAAGGAGCUCAGCUAGGUUCUAAAUAGGAACUGAAGUCUUGUGAGCAUCAGAGAACCUGACUUGUAACUCAUCAAAACAGGGCACAGAAGACCCAUUAGCUCACACACACACACACACACACACACACACACACACACACAAUGGGCAUUUGGCAGGCAGGAAUUUGGCCCAGUUUGUCAUGAAGUAGCCUAAAGCUGGAAGUCUGAUCACAGACACUUAUUCCAUCCACAGGGGUAGUUCCCAAAAAAAGUCUUUUUAUACACACAUCCAAGUCUUGUGCUUGCUCUAAAGAUUUUCAUUCCAUGAUUGGAGUUGAAGGAGAAGGGAAUUUGUGCCCACUUGGGUAUGUAUCUCGUGUCCUUAUAAACUAGCCACCUUCUUUAGGCUUCAAAUUCUAACACUCAUCAUUAAUUUGGGUUCAUCCACAAGCCUUCAUCACAGAUGUGUCUAUUUGAAAUCAUCCACCUGACCUUGACUUUUUGGGAUAGAAGGCAGGUCUGGCAAGGGCCCACAAUUUGUUCAAAGCAAACACAGUUGCUGAUGUCACUGGUAACUACUGAUCUAUACUCAAGCCUUCCAAAAUAAUGAUGUAAUGAAUGUUUUUAGGUUCUUUAUUCCAACAAGAAUUUCAGCUAAAAAUUUAGAGAUUAAUUCAUUCCGAAAUCGGAUAAGAUUCAUGAAUUUAGUCGUUCUUCCCUGCUGGAACAUUAUUAGCCCACUUUUUGAGCAUAUGCAAAAAUAUCUCUUCUCUUUUCAAGGCAAUAUAUAUCUUAAACGCUGCAACCAGGCCAGUCAGAAACAGGCUGGAAGUCCUGUGUGCUAUUAGUUGUUGCUAUCUAAACCACUCCAUUCCAUUGUUCCUGGGCUCACUGCCUCUGCCUGGACAGUGUGGCCCUGCUUUCCACAAUGCAAGGGACACUCUAUAGGGCCACCACAUGUGAGACUUCCAAGCAGGGAGAAAAAGAACAGUUCAGGCUGCUUUACUCUAGGUGACAAAGCCAGGCAUUCAGCUUCACUGAAACUGCCAGUCUAAAAUUGGUUUGGCCAUGUGGUGGGAAUACAGCCGACAUUCUUUGGAUCUUAGUAUCUCUUUCUUAUCCUCCAAAAUGUGUCACAAUUUGCGGGUUAAAUCUUAUAAAUUGUGUCACUUAGCAAUCUUCCUGACAAAAUGACAUAUUUCUAAAACAAAAACUGUUUCUUAUUUCUGCAAUUAUAAAAGCAGAACUCCAAUCCAGGAGAAGCUAUUAAAACUUAAGCUUCUCAUCUCAAAAUGUAUUUUGAUUUUUGUGGGGUUUUUUUUUCAAAUUUUAAAUCCCAAGAGCGAAUUCUCCCAUCCCUAAACAAGCACAUUCUGCUUUUGGGUGGCCCUACUCAGAACCUGAGGUAUGGUCAUGACAUUGGACACAAACUAGUGCUUGAGGCAGUAUCACAUCAACAUUGCAUCUUAUUGAUAUUCUCUGAAUACAGUUGUUCCCUGUGUGUAGAGGUGACACAGAUACUGGUGCUCACACAUCUAUUUUAUGUAUCACACAGAAGUUACCUUCAAAACUGGCAGAGUCAGGCUGGGAUCAUAGCUCUGUGGUAGAGCGUUUGCGUAGCAUGUAUGAGGCACUUGGUUUGAUUCUUAGCACCAUAUAUAAGUAAAAUAAACGUCCACCUACAACUAAGAAAAAAAUCUAUUUAAAAAAGAAAACUAGCAGAGUCUUCAUCUCUAACAUCCCACAUUGUCGUACCUAAUUUAUGAAGAGUUAUGAUUUAUUUGUAAACUCAGGAUGUUGUUUUAUAACCCUGCUUGUGUUUUAGAAUUUCUUUAUGCAUCAUGGUUGGAAAUGGUCUCCCUUGCUAUGGCAUUGAAAUGUAAGCCUGGUGGAUAUGUCUGUGACCAUGUGGUUUUUUUGUGCUUUUGUUUUCGUUUUUUGUUUUUCUGCUUUUCUCCCUAGCAAAAUCUGUCAGCAGAGACGUGAGCGGGGAUCGGGGGAGAUAAAUAAAUCAAGAGAACAGGGAUUAGGGUCCAGUCCUCAGAGUACAGGGCUUAAUUCAAAAUCUCAGCUGUUUCUAUAGUAAGUAACCAAAGGGGAAAGGAUCCUUCCUUUUGACUUGGAUGAUAAUGAGCUUAGAAAUCAGCUUCCACAGGCCUGGGUGGAAGAGGAUUCAGCUUCUCUUACUGGUUCAACAUCAAAUUCCUGAGAAAAGUGCUGACAGUAUUAAGUUCCCACAUUUCCUCAAGACCCCCAUUCCACCUGCAGUACUACUGAAGGGGGCUGGGAAAGCAACGACAGGUCCUCACCUUGGAUAUAUCAGAGCAGUUUUUUUCUGGAGCAACCAAAGCACUUUAGUGAGUCUUACAACCCGUAAUAUUUAAGGCAUCUUGUCCCUUGCUGGAUCCCUGAGGGGCAGGGAAGGGCUGGGGCCAGUAGUUUCAUUUAAGAGGCAACUAAAACUAGGAGGAAAGCCUGGAGCCCCAGGAGGAGGUGACCAGGGGCCACGCCUGGUUCAUCACUAGCUAUGCAACUUGGGUGAGUUGCUUCAUUUUGCUGUGAAAGGUUGGGGUCAUCAUAGCUGUCCUUCUAGGAUCGUGUAAAGAGGGAAAACAGUGGCAAAACUGAUGGGGGAUGGGCUUUGAAGAAAUUAAAGCUCUCUUUUGGAGCUGGGGAGAAUCAUUUCUAGAUAAAGAAACUGAUGUCAAUGGUCAUCAAUUGGCCCAAGUUCACAGAACAGUUUUAUAGCAGAACUGGACAUGAGUCCAGGACUUCCUGUUAGAUGGUGUUGCACCAGGUGUGUGGACAGGAACACACAUCAGUCCUCUGUACUGCUGUGUGUGUACAUAUGUAGAUGCGUGUGUGCAGAAGGUAUGUGGCAUGGCAGAAGAGCGCAGGACAGAAAACCUGACUUCAGAUUCCAGUUUCCACAAUAGUCCCAUCUAUGUACACCUUAUCAACAUCUCUGGAACUGUUUUCUAAUUUGUAAAAUGAGGACAUUGUGCUACAUGAUCUUUGUGGUUCCUUCAAGCCCUGGUUCUAUGAUUCCAUGAUUAGUAAUGUAUGUAUGUAUAUAUAAAUAUGCUUAUCUGUAGAAAUGGACCCAUUUGAAGAUUGGAGACAAGGCCUGCCCAAGUGCAUUUAUUGUGUCGGAAACAGUGAAUUCACAAACAUGUUCAAAAAAUUCUUAUUUGAAGUCAAUGGUGGUAUUGAAUGUCAUUGUUUGAAAUUCACUGUUUGGAUAGAAGAUUGGUGCUGUUUUUAAAAUUAAGUUCUUAGCUCAUAAGUGUUUGCUGUUAAUUUUUUUAGAAAAAUAAAGCUCAUUUGUUAAGGUCAGAAAAUUAUUCAGUACUUGGGCGGGUCCCAGCAGCCUAUUUGCAGGCUGGAUUUUGUGUAUGGGCCUUUAUAUAGCUACAUAAAAAUUAGCUGUUGGCUUGGUCAUGAUAACUAUGAGCAGGCUACCUGGAGAACAGUCUGGAACAGAGUGUUACAUAGUUCUCACAAACUGGUGACAUGAAUCCAUUGAGCUGUGUGCCAUUCCUGUGUGAAGACAUUGUUUGCUGGCUACGAUCUCUGACUUUUUGUGGCAUAUGAGGUGUAAAAUGUUGUCAAAAAAGAAUCUGGUGUUUAAAAGACAAACUAUGGUGGCAUUAAAUGUUCACUUUUAUUCUA